AUGAGAGAAAUAACAGGCCACAACAACAGCAAAAGAACAGAAUUAACAGGCCACAACAACAGCAAAAGAACAGAAUUAACAGGCCACAACAACAGCAAAAGAACAGAAUUAACAGGCCACAACAACAGCAAAAGAACAGAAUUAGUAAGCCCGACUUCCCUAGAUCGUAACAAGGCCAAGGGGAAGAUAGUUGUGUGCAUGAGAGGGGAAGGAGGAAGAAUAAGAAAGGGAUUAGAAGUUGAAAGUGCUGGUGGUGUUUGUUUCAUCCUAGGAAACAACGAACUACUUGGGAAUGAUCUAUCAAGUGACGCUCACUUCAUUCCUUCCACUCAAGUGUCCUAUCACAAUGUCUUGAAACUCAUUCACUACAUCAAUUCUUCUUCUAAUCCAAUGGCAUAUAUUCUACCCGGAACAACUGCCAUGAAUACCAAACAAACACCCUCAGUGGCCUCAUUCUCUAGCAGGGGUCCAAAUCUGGGACAUACAGGAAAUCCCUUUAAGUCUUUAACUGAUAAAACUGGUAAUCCUGCAAUCCCAUUUGCAAUUCGUGCUAGACACUUCAACCCUGUAAAGGCAGUAGAUCCUGCACUAGUUAAUUACACUAGUUAG